AUCGCCUCGUUGAUACUUAUAACCUGACUUUGGAAAGUUUUAUCCCAAUCUCAAAAUGAAUUACAACGAGCGUGAAAUCAAAGCGUGGCUCGAAUCGUGUUUCAAAAACUUGACCCAAAUCGUAGUGACACUUGUGGGGCACUCCGAAAAGGGCGAUGGUUACAUGGGCGAUAUUUUCUUCGUCCAUAUUCAUGGUAAAAACGGCGGUACCACCGAAAGCUACGACCUUGCAGUGAAGUCCAGCAAAGACAGCGACAUUCUUCGUGAAUUCUCCCCCAUGAAGGUUUUUUUCAACAACGAAAAGUACUUCUAUGAGAGUGUGUUCCCAAACUUUGUCCAAUUCCAAACAAAUCGGGGGUUAAAGAACCCAUUUAAGGGUGUCCCCAAAUGUUAUGGGACUUUAUCAGGGGUUAAGGAUGUCCUAGUGUUUGAAAAUCUGACCAAAAGUGGGUACUGUUUAUGGGACAGGAAGAAACCCAUGACCAGGGACCAUGUCGAGCUGGUGAUUCUCGACUACGCAAAGUUCCAUGCGGUUUCAGUGGCUUUGAAAGACCAGGAACCCCAAAACUUUGAGAAGUUGGUCAAACAUUACGAUAUUUUCAAUGAUCUGGGGCGUGACAAUAAAAACCCAAUGCUUGAGACUUUGCAAAAUGCAGUUGAAGAGAUGCACGAUUUGCUCCAGAAUGACUUGGAUCAGCUUGUUUUGCAAAAGUGGAGGAACUUGAAAAAUAGCAUUCAGACGUUUUUUCGGGAAAUGUUGAGUUAUGAAGGCUUCAAAGUCAUCACACAUGGCGACUGUUGGAAUAACAAUUUCUUGUUUUUUUACGACGAAAAUGAUAAUCCGAUCAAAGUUUCAAUAAUCGACUGGCAGAUAAGCCGAUUAGCGUCGCCAAUUUUGGAUUUAUCCCACUUUAUUUUUUCAUGUACUUCCGAAAAUGAUUUGGACGAUUUGACCAAAAUUUUGGAACAUUACCACAAAUGUUUUACGAGCUUUCUAACCCAAUUGGGCUCCAGCGACAGUUUAUAUCCCAGAAAUCAAUUUUUUGACGAUUGGGCGAAUUUGAGCAAAUUCGGAAUUAUGUUUAGUUCGAUCGUUAUGAAAGUUUGUACGGCCGAAAAGGAGGAGGCACCAGAUUUGGCCAAACCGCCAGAAAACGGCCAAUUCACAGCUUUCCAGUUCGAAGUCGCGAAUAAAAAACUACUGAAGCAGAGGAUGAGAGCGAUCGUGAGCUGUGCAGCAAAGAACAAACUUAUUUAAAAAAUAAAAAAUUA